AUGGACAAAGCUUUUGAAAAACAAAUCGGAAGGAACCUAGAAGUAUACGUCGACGAUUUAGCAAUCAAAAGCAGGGAAGAAAACCAAAUGCUGGCAGACAUCGAAGAAACCUUCCAAACGCUCAGGGAGUAUAACAUCAAGCUCAACCCCAAGAAGUGUUCAUUCGGGGUCGAGGAAGGCAAGUUUUUGGGGGUAGUAGUCACCCAGGAUGGUUUUAAAGCCAACCCGGAAAAAGUAGCUUCCAUAACGCGGAUGCCCUCCCACAGGACUCUGAAAGAAGCACAAGCAUUAAAUGGGCAUCUGGUGGCCAUAAAUAGAUUCUUGGCAAGGCACGCCGAAAGGUCUUUGCCAUUUAUAAAAACACUGAAGGACUGCCUUAACAAGAAGAACUUCAAAUGGACCAGUGAAGUGGAAGAAGCCCUACAAGACAUGAAGCGUUUCAUCAAGAAACUACCCAUGUUAACUGCGCUAUAUCCGGAAGAACUACUCAAAACGUACCUAGCAGCGGCACACAAUGCGCCCGAGAUCUCCGAAAGAUUGGCUAAAUGGGCAAUUGAGUUGGGAGCUUUAGACAUCGAGUACCGAAAACGAACAGCAAUCAAGGGGCAGGUGAUCGCCGAUUUCUUAGCUGAAAUUCCUGAGGGAGAAACUAUACAGGACCCCACAGUUCAGGACAUUCCGGAGUCCAGUACAACUAGACAAACUUGGAAGCUCUACACAGAUGGAUCGUCCAGGGGGAAAGGCUCUGGAGCAGGUCUCAUGCUGAUAAGCCCAGACGAAAUACAGCUAAUGUAUGCCCUACGUUUCGAUUUCGAAUUUUCUAACAACGAAGCAGAAUAUGAGGCGCUACUCGCAGGCCUGAGGAUGGCUCAAUCUAUGGGAGCCACAAGAGUUGACGCGUAUGUCGACUCCUUGCUGGUAAAUAAUCAAGUAAAUGAAACUUAUGAGGCUAAGGACGAUUCAAUGGCAAAGUAUUUGGCUAAAACAAAGGAGCUUAUAGCUUCAUUCGACAAUGUCACGCUCAAUCAUGUCCGCAGAGGAAAGAACCAAAUAGCAGAUGCCUUGAGUAAACUCACCACCUCAGGCAUGGAAAGAGAAGUAAAGGUAGAAACAUUGCAAAUGCCCUCCAUCGAACCUCGGGAGGUUUCCGCCGUCACAGUGGAGGAACCUUGCUGGUACACCCCAAUACUAAAGUUUCUCACAAAGGGUGAAUUACCCCCCGCCAGGGCGGACACUCACAAAAUCCAAAACAAGGCACUGCAAUACGAAGUCAACAACGGCAUCCUCUACAGAAAUCAUAUCUGGGUACGCUGA